AUGGUAUCUUUCUACAGACUUUGGGCCGUUGCGGCGCUCGGAUCGGGGGUCUCUGCUGCAGCUGCUACAUAUCCGAACGGCACCACCUCGAGUGUAUGCGCCGAUUGGUGUUGGAAGACAGUAACAGCGACAGUGGGCUACGCGGAGCCCACUACUGUUUACAAGACUGUGACAGAAAUCGUCAGUGCUUCGGGCUAUGGAGAUACUGUGACAUCUUGGAGGACGGCCACUGUCACAGCGUCUGGAGAGUCGAGCAACCAAACUCUGACCGAAUACAAAACCUCUACCGUCGUUAGUACUGAGGAAGAUAAGACAACCGAGAAGACGACAGAGACAGCCUACCAGAACUCAACAAUCACGGCAACCGAAUCGACCACAACUACGGUCGUGUCGUCAUAUGUGGUUACUACGACUAACUACGUCUGCUCCGUCGCCUCUCCUGUGGCCUAUAACGCCCUCGCCGUUGGAGACGAGACUAGCACUGUCUACACCACAGAAUAUCAUACCGUCACAAGUUGCGCUCCGACAGUGGUUGGAUGUCCAGGUACCUCAGCUAGCGGAUACCCAACCGCCGUCCCUUCAACUAGCACCAGUGAACCACCAACAAGCCCCACAACCAUUGGCUGUGUAGGCAACACUGUGACGAGCUGGAAGACAGUCACAACGGCUAUCCCAACGACCAUUGGUACGACCGUAGCGACGACAGUCGAUCACACAACCACAGAGGUGUCAAAGACCACUGAAAGCGUUACGACCACUAAACUAACCACAAUCACGCUCACUUCGUCCUACCCUUAUACUGUCACUACCUCACUCUGCUCAUAUAACCCUGUCCCUACAUAUGGCCUGGCUGAAGUCAGCGAGAGCACGGUUUAUGAGACAUCAUAUACGACAAUCACUCAAUGCCCGACUACUGUCACGGACUGUCCAGCUCGCACGAGCAGCGCGACCGCUUCCGGUACUCCAAUCGGCUGUGUCGUAGCAACAGAAACGCGAUGGACCACGGUGACCACGACUACGGCCAUUCCAACAACAGUAUCGACCACAGUUGAGCACACGGUAACACGCACCUCUACGACAACGUGCACUGAGAUAUCUACCACAACGAGGCUUUCCACCUACACGACCACCAAAGUCAAGCCUACGACUUACACGGUCGACCACACCACCACUGCUAUCAGCUGGGCUACCACCACGGAAACUUCCGUGUCUACGCUGACUGAAAAUAUCACGUAUACAACCGUCAGCUCCGUUCCAUAUACGACCGUCGAGACGUCGACUUUCAGCACCACAGAGACCGAUCUCAUCACCUCUACGCAGACGGAGACAGUGUAUACGCCAACCACCACAACUCAGACUCAAACCUUGACCACAACCUGGCCGGUGACAGAGACAACCACUGUCGUUAGUGAUCACACAACUAUCACAACCGUGUACUCUGUCAGCCUGACCACUGAGCUCGUGACCACGGUCUCGACCUUCGUGACCUCUGUGCCCUACACAACUACGGAGAUAGAGACAACAUACACCCCCACGACGACGACGGACUACAUCUGGACGACUUCUUAUAUCACCACAACAUACUCAGAGAGCUAUCCUGUGACAGUGACGGAUACUGUUACAAGCGAUCGGACGGUCAUCAGCACCUUCUGGACGACUGAUGUCGUCACGGCCACCUCAACUCUGUUUACCAGGCACCACAGUCCUCAUCACUUUGCCAGGAGUUCCUACAACUUUUACAGAGAGCUACACCACGACGACGAGCAUCUCAGGAAGCUUAACGACGUUGACUCUCACAUCUACCAGUGUAUCUACGGCUCCAGGCGAGGUUGUCACGACGACUCAGCAACUUCCUGGCUCAACAGAGACAGAAACACAGACCCUCACGCUUCCAGCCUCUACAAGACCAUCACGCUUCCGGCAUCCACCGUCACACUGCCAGGCGUAACGUCGGUACAGGUUAUCACUUCCGUGGUACCCCCUGUAACAACUACCUAUACACAAGGUGGCUCAACUGUGACAGAAACACUGCCGCAGUCAACAGUGCUAGAGACACGGACCAUCACAGCUCCGCCGGAGACUGUAACGUCGCCGCCAGAGGUCACCACAUUGACGUCGACUAUCAUCCAAAGUAUCAGUGUUUGUACGCCGCCUCCUGCUGCGCCGACUGCGUCUGCCCUUGACCCAAAGUCGGAUCUGACGUGGAGCUGCGCACCUGGCUAUAACUGCAAUCCACCAAAGCCAGAUGGUUGCAAUGUGUGGUCCGACAUCCCUGCGGACAACUAUCAUUGCCCGCAGGAGUAUUGCGAGCCGGUGAAACCUUACUUGAACACUACCUGGGCAGAACACAACACGAGCUACUACCCGAUCACGGAAGGCUACUUCAAUCUUAACCCACAGGCGUUUGGCCUGAGCUACGAGAUUUUCUCGGAAGAGAUCAUCAUCGAGGAAAUCGCUGGCUACGAGGUGACUAUCACGACAGGCAACUGGGCUUCGCAGACGUCUCUCUCGGAGUUUACCAUAAGUGAAACCGCAACAGCGCUUCCUUGGAGAUCGAGUGUGGAGAAACUCAAGCGCAUCUUCACCAGUAAAAAGCUGACCAAGGGAGUCUCGCUUAAGAAGCGCGAUACUGUGGCUUCCACAGUUCCAGCGAUUUGCUUCGAUCAGUGCAAUAAUGCCUACCUGGAAGCCCAAUCCCGGGGAAAGGUCGCCGCGCUUUGCGAUUCGGAUUCUGCCUUCGAAAACUACUACAAAGGUUGCAAUCUUUGCAUCGACGACAACGAGGACCAGACGAAACUCAGUUCACGCCAGUAUAUCACUCAGGCAUUCUCACAAUAUGUCACCUUCUGUGACGCCACUGAUACGACAUCUCCAACCAGCUCAUCCCCUGCUGCUGAUGUCACGUCCACAACGGCGCUCGUCUCGGUCGACCUCGUCUUCAGCUUCAGAGUCCACGUCUCCCUCAUCAUCUCCGUCAAGCACGAGUUCAUCAUCGGCAUCUGUGACCUCGACUUCAGCAACCCAGACGUCAGGCAGCUCUACAGUCUCCAGCUCUUCUGGAACCUCCGCCAGCUCCGGACAAUCACCAAGCUCAAGUCCCUCGGCAACCGGGUCAGCUUCAGCCAGCUCUGCCUCGUCAGCUUCAGGCUCCGAGGGAACGACGUCAGCCACGGGUACAACUCAAACAGGUGGCACGAGUACGACGCCAUCUGGUACAAGCACCUCUGGCCCUGUCCAAGCUGCUGCCAUCAAGCUUCGAAGCGGGAGCCUCACGAACCUAGGCGGACUUGUCCUCCCACUGUUGGCUUGCCUGAUGCUGGUUUAAUCGUGACUGAAACGGAGUUUUCGGCAUGA